AUGUCGAAUUCAUGUGUUGGACUAAAUGAUUUACCUGAUGAAAUUCUUAUGAUUAUUUUCAAAAAACUCAACACCAUUGAUGUACUUUAUUCUUUACACGGUUCCAAUCAACGACUACAUAAAAUUGUUUAUGAUCCAAUUUUUACAAGUUAUUUAACAUUUGUCAAACGGUUUUCACAUAAUUUUAUCAAUCUAAUUUGCUCUGAUAUGAUGCUUAAUCGAUUUUGUUCACAAAUUUUACCUGAAAUUCAUGAUAAAAUCAAAUGGCUGAAUCUUGAAUCAUCAUCUAUGAAACAUGUUUUAUGUACUGCUGAUUAUCCUAAUUUAUAUGGUCUUGGUCUUUAUAAUAUUGAUGAAGAGUCAAUUCGAUGCCUUUUUACUGAGGCAAAACAAGUUCUAUGUCAUAUUUACUCAUAUUCAUCUCCAAUGCAAUAUUACAGUUAUAUUACAAAUAAUUUUCCUGAUGGAUUAUUCAAAUAUGUACGUGUAGUGUCAUUAUUCGAUGAACAUCCUUUUGAACAUGAAUUUUUUCUUCGAAUUCAGAAAUCAUUUCCAUUUAUGGAACGAUUAUGUGUGAUUAAUCAUAAAUCACAAAAUCACAAACAAUCUUAUGAAUCAAACAAUGACAAUCGAAUUUCAUCUGUUAUUGAAUAUUCUUUUCUUAGUGAACUUGAUAUUGACGAUGUCCAUGAUGAUUAUAUAGAACAAUUUCUAUUUGAUACUAAAACGUAUUUGCAAAGUAAUGUUCUUCUUUAUAUCAAUUAUGAAUCUUUAAAACGGUUAACACACAAUUUCAAAAGAGAUGCUACACGAAUUAAUUGUGCCAAAGUAAAUGAACUAAAAUUUCGUAGCGGAGCAAAAUGUCCGAAUUCUUCUUUACAAGAAUAUUUUCCUAAUGCAAAAAUAUAUUAUCGAGGAAUAUUUUGA